CAACCAACGACUAUGUUAUCUGAUAGUGAUGUUUCUCUUUUGACUUAUGAUGAGACUUUGGGAUCAAAACAUGCCAGAAAAGCUAAGGAGGCACCAUUUGUCCCAAUUGGAAUAGCAGGUUUUGCAGCUAUUGUUGCAUAUGGAUUAUACAGAUUGAAGAACAGAGGGAAUACUAAAAUGUCUAUCCACCUGAUUUGCAUGCGUGUGGGAGCUCAAGGCUUUGUAGUAGGAGCAAUGACUGUUGGUAUGCUGUAUUCCAUGUUUCAGGAAUACUGGGCCAAACCUAAACCUUAG